UGUCUGCCAUGGGAGGGAAGCGGCGCCACGUACGCCCGAAGAAAAGCAUGGCCCAACUGGUGUGUGCCCAUGUGGCACAAUGCGGGGUCCAUCUCAGCAGACGUUUGGACAGGUAGCACGCAAAUUCAUGGGGGGCAAGAAUCGACACCUUACAAUGUGCAACCCAGGCGACUUCCAGGGUCUACCUGAGCCGCACGUCCAACUUUCAGGGUCUCCGCCAUCCCCACCCUGGCCAGUUUUCUCAGCAAGUACAACAAUGGCUAUCUCGGUUUCCCUCGUCAUCCCUAUAACUUAUCGACCGACAAACCAGAAUCUGGUCACCUACAUGUAGCCAUCCCCUGCUUUCAAGGUUUUGUUAUUGGGAGACUGUCUACACUAAAUUGACGAUAUCGUGCCCUUCGACAAUCCCACUCACUUCUGGAUACCCUUUAGCUACCACGAACUCAAGUCGGCCCACAGCUAGCAACCACAUAAAUGCAAGUUGCAAAGCCAACAUCUCCGACAGCCCCAGUUGUCAGAUACCAUGUCUCGACUGCGAACCUUGCGAGAAGCAAUGUUGGAACCUUUCUGAAGGGAUUGCUGGGGCUUACUAUCUGUUUAGUAGGCCUCUCUCAGCUCCUCCCUGCUGAGCAACUAUUUUUCAAUGGGGCAUGGGACGACAAGAUCCACUUAAGACCGGAGCCCGAAUUGCUGAAGGCCGUUAUCGAGAAGCAUAGGCCGGAAGUUGGCCCAUACGUUGAGUUUUAUCGUUACGUUCAUCAGAAUCCAGAGAUAUCCAGCAAGGAAGCCCAAACCGCCGAGCUGGUAGCGUCAUAUUUGAGGAAAUUAGGCUACAAAGUCUUCUCGGGGAUCGGUGGUCAUGGUGUCGUUGGGGUAAUGAAGAAUGGGCCAGGAAAGGUUGUUCUCAUGAGAGCCGAGCUCGACGCUCUCCCCAUUCUCGAACAGACCAACGUAUCCUACCGCAGCGAGCACCGAAUGAUCGAUCGAUACGGAAAUGAACGUCCUGUCAUGCAUGCAUGCGGCCACGAUAUGAACAUGGCUGCUCUCCUGAUGGCAUCCUCGUUGCUUAAAAAUGCCUUCCACUGGUGGAAAGGCACGUUAUUGGUGGUUUUCCAACCGGAUGAAGAAGAAACAGGAGGAGCGCAGGCCAUGGUUGAUGAUGGUCUCUAUGAUAUUGUUCCAGUUCCGGAUCUUAUGCUCGAUCAACAUGUCGUGGCUGACAGCAAAGCCGGCACGAUAGCCAUACGUUCCGGGCCAGUGCUUGUGGCGGCCGAUUCCCUCCAGGCAAGGGUCAUCGGCGGGCCGUGUGGUGGAGCUAACCCCCAGAGAUGCGUGGAUCCAAUCCCACUUUCAAUGAAAAUUGUGUUGGGGCUUCAAGAUGCCAUCACACAGGAGCUAGGGCAACACGAGGACGUAACGGUGGCAUGUUGGGGCUUCCACGCCGGCGAGCCUGGCAACGAUUAUGUGGCCUACGCGGACAUCCUCCUCGAUAUAAAAACAGUCAAGCCGAAUAUACGCCUGCGUGUGUUAGAUAUUGUGAAACAACGCUUCCUUGACGAAUGCCGUUCAGCAGGGGCACCGCGUGACCCCGAAUUCAACCAUACAGUUCGCGCACCGCUCACAACUAACAGCGACUCCAUUGCCGAGCCCCUUGCCGAGGUUUUCGCGGGGUUUUUCUAUCAGAGUUUCGUAGAUAUGCCAUUUACACGCGCUUGUGAAGACUUCUCUAUCCUCGGCGCUGCUCAUAACAUCCCCUACGCGUAUUGGAAUUUCGGGGGCACACACCCGGACGCAGAAGAACCGGUUCCUUCCAACCAUUCACCCCUAUUUGCACCAGAGGUCAAUCUGACCUUGGGGACGGGAUCAGACGCCAUGGCGUUGGCAGCCCUAACCUUUCUGGCUUAACCUGGCAUCUUUUGAGCAGACAUGACUUGUCUGUAUGGUGACGCUAUGCGAGGGCAGAACAUACCUUGAAGUCCAUGACUGGACACGAUAGGUAGUUCUUUUCAUUAGGUACACAAGAACACUUUCUUAGGUAGCUUCACACUAUGACAGUCCCAGCUUAAACAUCGCUAUAUUCCAGCU